AUGAAGGAGAUCAAACUCGCUAUAGACAGCGGGUCAGCGCCCGCUAUAGUCACGGCCCCGCCGCACCCGCUUGCUCUGCGGUGGAUCAACUACCAGCGCGAGAAGGAGUUCAUGGCCAACAAAGACCUCUCCCUCCCGGCUGUCCACCUCUUCCGCGCCGGGAGCAGCUUUAUCUACCGCGGACCGCUCACAGCACGGCAUGUGCUGCAGGCUGCGGCGCGUGGGAUGGCGAUUCAGGAGGAGUGGUUGCCGUUGAGACGGGUGGGGAGCUGGGAGGAGUUGGUGCGGGUUGGGAAUGGGUCGAGAGUGGUGCUGGCACUUGUGGAGCGGUGCGGGUGGUAUGAGGAGUUUUUUGGGGAUGGGGCGCGUGGUGCGGGUGAGGGGAAGGGGGAGAGGAGGGAGGGGGGUUCGGAGCAGGAAGGGAGGAGGGAGGAGAAAGGGGAUGAGGAGGAGGGAGAGGAGGGGGGGAUGGAAGGGAGAAUGGGCAAGGUUAGCAGGAAGGAGGAGAUAAGGGGGGAAGAAAGCAGGGGGGAGGAGAGCAGGGGUAAGGAGAGGAAGGGGGAGGAGAGCAGGGGGGAGGGAAUUGUGGCUGUGAGUAACAAGGGGCCCGUUUGUGAGGCUGGCGUGGGUGAUGGGGCAUUAUCGUCACCACCACCACCGCAGGAAGCACCUGCUUUAAGGCAGUGCGCCAUACAGCAAGGCAAAGGGGAAGAGGAGCACUCAGAGCAAGGCUUGGAACAACGCUCAAAACAAGGCUCGGAACAAGGUCCGGAGCAAGGUCCGGGAAAUGGCUCGGAGCAGGGUUCAGAGCAAGGCCUGGGGCAAGGCUCGGAGCAAGGUGUGGUGAGAAGCAACGGUGGGGAGAGCUCCCAUGGUAGGGUUGCUGCUACUGCUGAGGGGCCUGCAGGAGAGAAUAGGGCAGUAAACAAGUUAGUAAGCGACGUCGAUGAUAGGCCAAAGGGUGCAGGAGAGAAGAGGGCAGGGGAGACGCAAGAUGAACGGCUGGAGGAACCUUUAAAGGAACCUUCAGAGGAAGUUUCUAAAGGCACCUCUGAGGAUCGACCAACGGAAGCUUCAGAGAAGAACUCGAAAGAGGGGGAGCUUCAGAAGCAAUCAAAGGAGGAAGGAGCGUCACCAUCACCUUUGCCAUUAUCAUCAGCAUCGUCAGCAGGAGCUAAAUCCGCGGCGGCACUGUCAGGGUGGGUGGAGUGUGGGAGCGAGCAUGCGCGGAAGGAGUUGAAGCGAGUGGUGGGAGAGUUGAAGUCAGUGGUGCAGGGGAACGCUCUGACUCCUUCCCAGGCUGUGGUUGUGCUUGUAUCAGACCCAUUGCUUGCUGCACAGUUGGGUCCACAAGAGCUUGCAGCUGGUGAUCUGGGGUCAGUGAUUCGAGCCGCCAUGCAACAACAGAGGCAGAUGCAGCAACAAGGAGAGCUGCAGCAAGAGGGAGAGAUUCAGCAAGAGGGAGAGAUUCAGCAAGAGGGAGAGAUUCAGCAAGAGGGAGAGAUUCAGCAAGAGGGAGAGAUUCAGCAAGAGGGAGAGAUUCAGCAAGAGGGAGAGAUUCAGCAAGAGGGAGAGAUUCAGCAAGAGGGGGAGAUUCAGCAAGAGGGAGAGAUUCAGCAAGAGGGGGAGAUUCAGCAAGAGGGGGAGAUUCAGCAAGAGGGAGAGAUUCAGCAAGAGGGAGAGAUUCAGCAAGAGGGAGAGAUUCAGCAAGAGGGAGAGAUUCAGCAAGAGGGGGAGAUUCAGCAAGAGGGAGAGAUUCAGCAAGAGGGGGAGAUUCAGCAAGAGGGAGAGAUUCAGCAAGAGGGAGAGAUUCAGCAAGAGGGAGAGAUUCAGCAAGAGGGAGAGAUUCAGCAAGAGGGGGAGAUUCAGCAAGAGGGAGAGAUUCAGCAAGAGGGAGAGAUUCAGCAAGAGGGGGAGAUUCAGCAAGAGGGAGAGAUUCAGCAAGAGGGGGAGAUUCAGCAAGAGGGAGAGAUUCAGCAAGAGGGGGAGAUUCAGCAAGAGGGAGAGAUUCGGCAAGAGAGAGAAAUUCAGCAAGAGAGAGAGGGGAAACAAGAUGCACAGGUGCAACAAGAAGGGGAGGCAGAGGGAGGAACGGUGCAGCAGCAGGUGCGGCUGCUGCUGCAGGAAGCACUGGUGCAGAAAGAGGGGGGCCAGCAGGAGGGAAAGCAGUGGGUGCAACCCAUUGAUGAUGAUUAUGGGAAGAGGGAGAUUAUGGAGGAGAAGGAUGGGCAGGCUGAAGGUGGGAAUAAAGAGGCUGAUGAUGGGAAUAGGGAGAUCAAGGAGAAGGCUGAGAAUGUGAAAGCGGCUGAUGAGGCGGAUAGUGGCGGUAGCAGUAACGAAAUUAGGGUGGCUUUCAACGAUUUGAAUGUGGUGAGUGAUGGGAAGGGAAGGCAGGGAGACAAGAUGGAGUGGGAGGAUCUAAUGGGUCCAGAGGCGGAGGAGAAGUGGAUAGACGAUUUGCCCUUCUCAUUCUUCAUUGUGGACCGGGAUGACGCUCUAAGGGACCGACUCAUCCCGCAAUUGACCUCGCAUGAACCUCCCUCUAAUCCCCCCUCCUCCUCCUCCUCCUCCAACGUUUCCUCUUCCCCCUCGUCCCCCUCUUCCCCCUCUUCUCCUUCUCCUUCUCCUCCUUCAGCCUCCUCGCCCGCUUCCUCUCCCUCUCCCCCACGCUCUGCCGACCUCCCUGCUCUCGCUGUGCUCCACCCCUCUCAAGACUCAGUCUUCCUCUACCCUGGCACACCCACAGACGCAGCAUCCCUCCUCUCCUUCCUCCGCGCAAUCUUACAGGGCCGCGUGCAGCGAUCCUCCCGCUCCUCCCCACGCCCCCCUCCCCCCCGCCACACUCCCCCUGUUCCGUUUCUCAACACGGAUUUCCGGGAGAUUGAGGGGGUGGAGAGGGUGUGUGCACGGGAUUUGAUUGACCUGCUGAGGGAGCGCCGGGGGGAUGCUGGGAUUGGUCUACACGGCAAUGAUGGGAGGAGAACCAGUGGGGAGGCAGCACGUUCAGAGGAGAAAGAGGAGGAAAAGGAGAAAGAGAAAAGGGUGGAGGGGGAGACGGGGGUGGAGGAGGGGGAAGCGAAUGUGGAUGUGCAAUCGUGGCUGUCGCACCUGCCUCGUCUGCUGCAAAUCGACUGCUCUGUGAACGAGUGUCACGAUGUGCUCUUGCCCUACUGGCAGAUCACAGCCUUCCCUGUGGUUGCUCUCAUCCCUCCUCUGCCAACAUUCCCGCCACCCAUUGCAAGCACCACCACCACCAGCACCCUUCCAGCAAACAACACUGUCUUGUCUUCUCCUUCUUCUUCUGCACCCACCCAUCCUCCUGCUGAUGCGCCGAACCAUUCGAAUUCCACCACACCUGCCGUACGUGCUGCUGCCGCUGCUGCUGUUUCUGCUGCUGGGGGUGGGGAACAAGGGGAGGUGGUGAAGGGAUCCCGGAGCAAUGAAGAGAAGGGAGUGAGGGAUACAGAGGAGGCGAGCGAGGCACGAGAGGAGGCAAUAGAGCGGCGGAAUGUGGGGAAAGAAGAAGGGGACAAGGAGGAGGAAGCGGAAGAGGAGGAGGACGACGAGAGUGAGGGAGAGGAGGAGGAUGAGGAGGAGGACGAAGAGGGUUAUGCGGAGGGGAAAGGAGCAGCAAGGGAGAAGGAUGCGAGUGUCCCUGUGAUGUACAGAGGUCCACACGCAGUGCGCCCCCUCAUUGCUUUCCUCCUCAACCACACCGCUCUCCCGCCUGCCGCUGCCUCGCGAAUCUUACAAGUCCUCCUAGCCACACGCGAACGGCCUACCAUGGCUGGUGGGGCAUUGUGGCCACACCAGCCGCUCACCCAAGACAGCAAGUCUGCAUUGGCAGAGGGAGCGGUUGGGAUGGGUGGGGAGAGGCAGAGAGCGGCCGGAGAAGCAGCAGAGGAAAAGGGGGCUGCGGAUCAGGAAGACGGAGGAAACGAAGGAGAAGUUGGAGAGGAGGAAGAAGAGGAGGAGGAAGCAGAGAAAGGGGUGGAAGCUGAAGAGAAGGAGGAGCAUGUGGGCGGACAGAGUGUUCCCAAGGAGGAGGGCGAGGAGGAGGAUGGGAGGGAGGGGCGGGGAUCCUUCCUUGUUGCUUCCGAGGACCUCAUCAACUCCCCUAUGUUUGAGCGCACGGUCGUGCUAAUGCUCUCUCUCAACGACUCCGGCCCCAUCGGUCUCGUCCUCAACCGCCCGCUCUCCUGGAAAUUCGUCUCCGGCGUGCAAGACUGGCUGCUCUCACGCGUCUCCUCCGCACCGCUCUCCCUCGGCGGCCCGGUGAUCAACCCCACUAGCGCCUUCGCAGCCCUCACACGCCGCUCGUCCUUCGCGGGGUUCGAAGAGGUGCUUCGGGGGGUUUAUUGGGGAACCAUGGCGCCGCUUGUGCGCGCCGUAGGGUUGAUUGACGCUGGUAUGACGUUCCCUGAGGAGUUUUGGUUCUUUCUAGGAGUGUCGAGCUGGGGGGCGAAGCAGCUUGAAGACGAGAUUAAGAACGGGUGGUGGUAUGUUGCACAGUGCGAGCCGGAGAUGAUUAGAUGGCCGACUGAGUGGUCGGAGGAGGUGGAAGCGAGAUCAGGGGCCAGUGGUGGAGGUAAGGCGUCUGAUAAAGGCGGGAUGGCGGGCGUGUUUCAGAAGGCGAAAGAGGUGAAUGAACGGAUGUGGAUCAGGGUUUUGGAUGCCAUGGGAGGGAGAUAUAGGGAGAUCGCACGGGCACAAGAGGGGAAUGGAGAUAACGCUGCCAUCAUUGCUGAUGCCGCCCACUCCGUGUCCGAUGUGGUGCUCAGCUGGGCAACACUCUGGUCCGUGCAGGCAGCUUCUGUUCCCCGGGAUGCGAAUCACCCCUACGGCCAUGGAAAAUUCGAAACAGUGGGGGCAUUGGGCGUGUCACUUCUCCUGAUCGGCACGGGAGGUGGCAUGGCAUGGCACGCGCUGCACCUGCUACAGGACUUCCUGCCUGCCUCUCUCGACCUGCAUCAUCUCCUCUCAUCUGACGCUUCUUCUCUGGUGGGAGGUGGUGCGGGUGCCGAGUACAUGCCGUUGGCGCUAGCAGCAGCAGUGGCAUCCAUAGGGCUCAAAGAGAGCCUGUACUGGGCGACCAAGUGGGUGGCGGAUCGUUACGACAACCAUCUCAUGCGCGCCAAUGCGUGGCACCACCGCAGCGACUCCGUCUCGUCCUUCGCCGCUCUGCUGGGCGUCGGAGGAGCAAUGGCCGGAGUGCCAAUCCUCGACCCACUCGCAGCUCUCUUUGUGGCUGGGCUCAUCACCAAAGCAGGCGGCAGCAUUGCGUACCAGAGCAUACAAGACCUCGUGGAUGUGGGAGUUUCCGAGAAGGUUCUUGAGCCGAUCAGAGCGGAAAUCCUGGCUUCCCCUGGAGUGUUGGGCUGUCACAACCUGAGGGGCAGGCGCAUGGGGCCAUGGCUGCAUGUGGACGCACAUAUCGAGAGUUUGGGCCGUCGCCGCGGCGAGGAGGAGCUGCCAUGGCGCGGCGGAUCGAGGGGAAGGCCCAUCAUGUUGCGCGCGGAACGUGCGGAUCGGAUCCUGCCGUUGGCUGGGCGGGAGACAGAAGGCUAUCGUAGGGCUGGCGAUGACAGCAAAAGAGCCGAUCGGGGGGGAACGAGCGGGACGAAUACCUCUCCUUGGGAUCUGCGAGGAGCCCGAUCUGGUCGGCAGGACGUGUGUGGACGGCAGCCGCCUGCCGCCGGGGCUGCGCGGCGGCAGGGGGAAUACGGUGGUGGCGGCGACCGCCACGGACCCACGGCGUCGCGGCGCUCGCUGGAUCUAGACUCUCACGACGGCGACGAGCCGCGCCGCGGAGUGGCGGGACACCUAUCGGCAGAUCUCAUUCUUGAGACGUCGCAGGAUGUCGAACGUUUGACGGGACAGACGCGCGGGCCAUCGCCGCGAUAUAGUCCGCGUCCGGAGGUGGAGUACGAGAACGGGAAUUACCGCCUUGACGUGGUGGAAUUGCGCCGUCUGGCGGCAGAUCUGCGGAAGGAUGUCGAACCCCUUGAAGGAGCAGGUGAUGGGCUGAUGGCACCGCGGCGCUCGACAGAUCCGCGUCCGGAGGUGGAGUACGAGAACGGGAAUUACCGCCUUAACGCGACGGAAUUGCGCCGUCUGGCGGCAGAUCUGCGGAAGGAUGUCGAAGGAGCGAUCGCGCCACGGAAGUACGGCAACUUUGGUGCAAGCCAAGCAGGAUUUGCAAUUUCUACCCAUUAA